CACAAUGUGCUGGGUGCCACAGAUCUGUGCUGCACAUAGGUACUGCAAGGAUGAAACUAUGAAUAUGUGAUUUUCCCUUUCCUUUUCCAAAUAUUUCCAGCGGAGAGAAUCAUAUAUGUAUGUUUUAUACAUGUCUGACCAUGAGCAUUUCAAGCUUUCAUUGACCUGAAUCUCACUGUGAUAUGUUGACCACAAAUACAUUAAGAAAGCUGAAAGGGAAAUGAGCUAUUAUCAGACCUGGUGCACCCAACGUACACUCAAAGCCUAUUCCUGCUAAGUUGUCUUGCAGAAAUAAUUGAGAUCAUGGGGAGCACCAGAAGAGUCUACAUGAAAGGCCAUGUGGAGAAUUAAAACAGUGCCAAGAGGAGUACUGGCAGCCUCUCUUCUUAUUCACUGCUGUGUUGAAUUCCUGUUGGGUCAAUAUAAGCAGCCUGUGCAGAGCACUGCAUUCAUAAAUGUGAAACAAGCCCGCACCAUCAUGUUUGGCACUAAGAGAUUAAAGAAAAAGUCGCAGUCGGUGGAUAUUAGUGGGCCAGGAUGCAACCCAGUGGCAGCAGAAGCUCAGAGCCCUCAGCCCAGCAGACCCUCCCCUGCCCCGCAGACAGCGGCUCCCGAGGAGGAGCAGGAGAGCAGCGCCAACAGCCAGAGGCGCAACCCGCGGAGGAGCGACCUCAAGAGAUACUACACCAUUGAUGCUGGCCAGAAGAAGACCCCAGACAAGAAAGAUGGGCGACGAAUGUCUUUUCAAAAACCUAGAGGGACUCUUGAAUAUUCUGUGGAAUCAAGAGAUACUUUAAACAGUAUUGCCUUGAAAUUUGAUACGACACCCAAUGAACUGGUUCAAUUAAAUAAGCUUUUCUCCAGAGCAGUCGUUCCUGGACAGAUUUUGUAUGUUCCUGACCCAGACUACAUAUCUAGUGUGGACAGCUCCCCCUCUCUAAGUCCUGUAAGUCCCCUAUCACCUACAUCAUCCGAAGCAGAGCUUGACAAGGCUACAGUAAAUGAUUCAGAUGGAGUCCAGCAGAAGGAGUCAGCUGUCUCGCCAGCACCUGCGUGUGUUCGUCCUUCAAGAGUGGUAUCAUCCACCUCCGAAGAGGAGGAAGCAUUUACAGAGAAAUUUCUGAAAAUUAAUUGCAAGUACAUCACUAAUGGCAAGGGUACGGUCAAUGGUGUGCUGCUAGUGACGCCAAAUAAUAUAAUGUUUGAUCCUCAUAAAAUGGAUCCUCUGGUCCAAGAGAAUGGCUGUGAAGAAUAUGGCAUCAUGUGUCCAAUGGAAGAAGUGAUGUCAGCUGCUCUGUAUAAGGAAAUUGUGGACAGCAAAAUUAAGGAGUCAUUAAGCAUAGAUGUAGAGCAGCUAUCAGUAAGGGAACUUGGCCAUUCCAAGAAGGCUGCGAAGAGCAAUACAGAUGACACGGAUUCCAGGGUUCGGGACACGGGCAACGACAGUGCUAGUACUGCCCCGAGAAGCACAGAGGAGUCUCUUUCAGAAGAUGUAUUCACAGAAUCAGAACUCUCUCCAAUACGGGAGGAACUUGUUUCUUCAGAUGAGCUUCGACAAGAUAAAUCUUCUGGAGCAUCAUCGGAAUCUGUCCAAACAAUAAACCAGACCAGUGCUGAAUGUUUAACAGUCAUUGCAGACUCCAAUGAAGCUGCCAGUGACUUAAAGCCCAGUGCCGAAAUGGUUGUAGGUGUUAAACAGUUUGGUACCCACUUAAGUUCAGAAAGUGCUAAAAUGUCUUUAAAGGGGGGACGAGAAUCUGUAGAAAACACUGCAGAUGUCCUCCAGCAGUCUUUGCAAAGAUCACAGGGUAGUGAGGAGCACAGCAAGGAGACAGAAGUAGGCAAGGAUCAGGGUUCCUCACUAGGAAAAAAAGCAGAUAAUGAGAUGGAAGAGCAAUGUCUGGGUUGUGAAGAUACCACAGACUCUCAAAAGAAAGAGGCACCUAGUAAAGGAAAAGUAGUGGGAGAGCAAAGUCAAGAAUCAGAGGCAGAAGUUGAAGAACUCCGCAAGCUCUGGAAGACCCACACUAUGCAACAAACAAAGCAACAAAGAGAAAACAUGCACCAGGAUUCACAAAAAGAGAUGAGCCAGAAAGCUGUAUCUGCAGGAGAUGGGCGGUUAGAAGGUUCUUCUGUUAUGAAAGAAAAAAGACGGCAUCGAUCUCACAAAUUUCUGUGUCUCAGGGUUGGAAAACCCAUGAGAAAAACAUUUGUUUCUCAAGCAAGUGCAACAAUGCAACAGUAUGCACAAAGGGACAAAAAACAUGAGUACUGGUUUGCUGUUCCACAAGAAAGGACAGAUCACUUGUAUGUCUUCUUUAUCCAGUGGAGUCCAGAAAUAUAUGCAGAAGACACUGGGGAGUCUCUUCGGGAACCUGGAUUUAUAGUGGUAAAAAAGAAGGAUGAGCCUGAAACUAGUGAAGAAUUGAGUACUGAAGAUGCUGCUAAAGAGUGGGAGGUAGUGUCAGUGGCUGAGUAUCACCGCAGGAUCGAUGCUCUAAAUAGCGAAGAACUGCGCACACUCUGCAGACGUCUCCAGAUAACAACAAGAGAAGAUACCAAUUCACAACAGGCAACAAGUAUCAAAACAGACCUGGAGCCUGAAGCAUUCCGACCAAAUCUUAGUGAUCCAAGUGAAUUACUACAGCCAGAACAAAUUGAAAAGCUCACAAAGUCUCUUCCACCACGGACUAUUGGCUAUCCAUGGACUCUUGUCUACAGUACUGCAAAGCAUGGCAUGAGCUUGAAGACCUUGUAUCGGACAAUGAUGGGGUUAGACACACCUGUGCUGUUGGUUAUCAAAGACAGUGAUGGACAGGUUUUUGGUGCACUAGCAUCUGAACCAUUUAAAGUGAGCGAUGGCUUUUAUGGCACUGGGGAGACCUUUAUGUUCACUUUUUCUCCAGAUUUUGAGGUUUUUAAGUGGACAGGAGACAACAUGUUCUUCAUUAAAGGAGACAUGGACUCUCUUGCUUUUGGUGGAGGAGGAGGAGAGUUUGCUCUUUGGCUUGAUGGUGAUCUCUACCAUGGAAGAAGUCAUUCAUGUAAAACAUUUGGGAAUCACACACUUUCUAAGCGAGAAGACUUCACUAUUCAAGACAUAGAAAUAUGGGCUUUUGAAUAAGUAUUUCACUAUUUCUACAGGUUAUUGUCCCAAACCUGACAUGAAUCAGUGCAGCUUAAAAAUCCCUAGGAGCAAUAUAAUGUAUUUUACUUACCUGUUUUGGUUUUUUUUUCUAAUUUUUCAGUGUGGCCAUUAGUUAUUAUUUUUAAAUAGCAGAUGUUUUUUCAUGCUCUUGCAUCUGUAAUAUACUAUCAUACUUUUUCUAAGCUAUAGACUCUUUUACAAAAUAUUGACCUUGUGGACUAAAAAUUAACGUUAGUUACUUUGAGCCUUGUGGCCUGCAAAAUUUUCUUAUCCAUAUUACAGUUGCCUCCCAGGUUUCCCACACACACCUUUCCUGCAAUCCUGCUAGGGGGCUGCUUCAUUGAAUAUAGCUUAUUAUUUUUGUAUUCAAAUUAUGUCUAUGAAUGAAGUUGCCCUCUGUGAACCUCUGAGAAAGCUGCGUGUGGGUAUUUGGCAGCAGCACUGCAGAGAUUGGUCCAGACCAAUGAUGGGUUAUUCAAGUGGUGCCACAAAUGGAUGAGAAGCUGAGCAUUCCUUCUAAAUGCACCCCAGUACACACGUGGUGAAGUUAGAAGAUAUCCAAAGUCAACAGUGCCACUUGUCUUGUUUCUUGUUCAUGUGUAGAAAAAAGUCAGUUAAUAUGUGUUGUAGCUGCAUGCUGAUUGUAUUUAAAGAGUGUUUUGCACAUGCUGUUAAUGAUCUGCAGGUUUGGGACAAAUACUGACAAUAUUGAGCUAAGUGGCAAAGACUUACGGAAUAGCAAGAGAAUGUAAGAAUAUGAUAGUUCCAAAAAACUAAAAGGCUAAAGCAAGCAAAACUCAGUGAACAAUUUGUAGCUAUAGUAGGGCAUUAAAAGUACAGAAACAGAUGCAUCUUUCUUCAACAUAAAGUGUCAGAUAUAUACUGUUAUACUGUUGUAGCCGUGUAGCACUUCAGCUCCAAGAAUAUAGCUUAUUCCUGUCCAAAGAAAAAAAAAAUUGUGAUGUUUUUGAGUGGGUCUAUGUUGUAAAUUUACAAUUAGCACCAGCUCUGAUUAAAAUGACAUCAUGUAUCAUAGGUAGACAAUAUUGUAAUUCAGUAGACUUGUGGAAUAUGCAAACUUACUGUCAUGUGACCUCAAAAAAUAAAUGACAGGCUAGAAUACAGUUCCAGUAGCUCUUGUUCACUUUUGUAGAAAACUUGAUAAGCCAUUGUGGCAAUAACAGCUGAACAAAACUGUUUGUUUCAAAGCUUUUAUUCUAUGUUCUGCAAAAAAAAAACCAAAACAAAAAAGAACAAAAAAAUUGCUGUUAAGUGUGACAGUGACUGACUUUGUGCUGAAAUUUCAGCUAUUUCAGACAAACAUUGUAUAUUAUCUUGUAAAUUAAUGUUUAAAGUAGUUUUGUUAUUAUAGAAAAGUGUUGAUUGACGGGUUGCUUAUAGCACUUUAAAUUAUUCUAGAAAUGGAAUAAAAGCCAAAUGGGUUGGCUAGUAGAUGUAGUUGUAUAUUUCAAAAUAUUUACAUUUCUGGAAAGUUAAAAAAAAAAACUUAUUUGAAGACAGCUUACUGCUAUGGUAACGAGAAAGGGCAGAUGUUUCAUCCAUAAUAUGCUAAUGCUCAAUAUGAAUAGAAAAACAGGGCUCUGUUUCCUGGCUCUAUGUAUAUCUCUUUAUCCUUCUUAGAACUUAGUACCAUGUGUAGAGUAAAUGUUUACAAAAUAAGGAACUGUAAAUAAAUUGAAAUGGCUUUUCUCCCCUUUGGUCUUCCACAGCAGUAUUAUUGUCUUUGUGGAGUUACAACUGAUUAUUACAACAAAAAAAAAAUCCUGUAAUGGAUUUCAAGUACUAUAAGCUCACAGUGAUGUAUAGCAAAUAAAUCUAAAUAUAUGUAAAAAUAAA